UUCAUGGCUCCAUCUAGUUGUACUGCUAAGAUCAGCAUUAGCGUGGUGGCUGUUUGCUUAAUAUUUGCAGCACUUGGUUUUGCUGUGUGGAAAUUCAAACUAAACAAAACCAACACUGAAACAAACCAAGAGCACAAAACUGAUGGAGAAACAAACACAUCUAAAAGUAAUGAGACAGAUAACACAGAAAAGGAAAAAAAGCCACUAAUGAAAACUCAGACACAUCCAAAAAAGGAUGUGAAAGUGGAAUCAAGAGAAAAGGAGACAAAAACUACAUCCAGCAUGGACAGCGACAACAUACCAGCCGACAGCAAUGUGAUUGUAGAUGAGGUAGACCCGAAUGGAAAGUUUGUUCGUCUCAAAAACAAGUCCAGCGAGAAACAACUGCUCGCUAACUGGAAGAUGGAUAUAAAGGUCAACAAGGGUAACAUUACCUAUACGCUUCCAGCAAUUUUCCUUGAUCCAGGAAACGUGGUCACUAUUUGGGCUUGUGAUGGUGGAGGAAACGUCAAAUCUCCAAGUGAUUUAGUUUGGAAAGAACAGAAGUCCUGGGGCAUUGUAGAUGAAGUCACACUUAAAGGGCCCACAGGAGAGAAAAGGGCCAUGAUGAAAAUAAGCCAUCCAUAAUACUGAAGAUGCAUGCUGUUAAACCUAUUGUUGAAGGCAAAAGAUUAUUAACUUUAACAAAUACUGAACAGAAAACACUAAAUGUAACAGUAAGCCAAUGCAGAACACUGUAACACUCUGUCUUAUGUCUGUGCUUAAGUAAAUAAUAAAUAUUAAAAAAAACACAUAAACUUUCAUGCAUUUGUUAGACCAACAGGUCAAAAGAUUAGGGGUGUUUCUGGCUGCUGUAUAUGUAAUACAAUCCGAUCAGUGUUGUAAAUGUUUUGAAUUAUUCAUCAUUCAUUACUGACCAUUCAACCAUCCACUCAACAUCCAUCUUUUCCAAACUCUGUAUUAAUAUGGUAUAAGUCAUUGUGACCUCCAGACUCUAUACACACAGUUCCUCAUCUGUAUACCACCAACAUAUUGUUAAUUCAUUUCUGAAGGACUUGCUGUAUUGUUCUUUAUUUGGCUCCAAGCAGAAACCACUGUAGGUGCCUUAUUGAUCAGAAAUGUGGUCAGUGUAAUCUAAAGACCUUUGCAAUGAAAAAUCAAGUGUCCAAUUUUGACAUUUUUGUCUCGAAACAAGAAGUUGUUGUGAAUUCAGUGGUCCAAUCAGCUCCAAAUUUCACGUAUUUGUUCUGGCCUAAACACAUCUGCAUGCCAAUAUUCAGUUAUAGUCAUAGCGACACCUACUGGCAACCGGAAAUUAUGUGUUUUAUACGUGUACAACUCCUUGCCGAUUGGCCAGAUCCAGUUGAGAUUUGUUCAGAAGACCCUUAAGAUAUUGAUGAUGAUAUUUAAUUUUUUUGAGUUUGUGGCAUGGCAUCACACAUCUAUGUUGACCUACCUCAACGGCGCCACACACCCCGACACGCACAGACUGAGGGCUUGUUCAUCGCUCCUUGCAGCUAAUUACGGUGUGUUAUUAUUACUGAUUGAAUAAUAAUGUAAACUGAAUUGAAAUUGUACUGAAUUUUGUAGGAUGUCUAUGAUGAUUUAUAGUUAGAAAAAUGACUAUCUAUUGAUGACUCCAUUUUUUGCGGAAAUUGCUUUCAUUUUAAUAAUAAAUCAUUAUGUUAACAGCAAGUUGUUGUAGUUGAUUCCUGGAGAGCUGCUCCUUUUCUGUUUCUACUGAUUUUUUUUCUGUUCAGUCAACAUAGCUCAUUCCAUUAGA